AUGCGGACAAAGUCUCCCAUUCCUGCAACUGCCCCUUCCACUGUCACGGUUACACCUGAAGCGCCAGCCCAGCAAUCCCAGAUUGUCACAGAGACCACGGGCACGGGAGCUACAAGCCUCACCAUCACCACGGUCACGGGUAUUGCGGUCGCAGUCACAGGUAAUCCUAUCGUGGCAAAGGUGCUCGAGAACACUCAGAAGCUCAUGGAAUUGUUGCAAAAUGAACUUGAUCGGAUGAGCAGCGAGGAGGAGAAUGAUGAUCUCGACCUUGCCUCCGACAUGAAAGAAGGUGACCGGACCUUGGAGGGUUAA